UUUCAGGUUCCACAGAGUGCGUGUUAUAUGUGUGCGUGUUGUUAUGUGUGUGUUGAGUGUGUGAGAGAGUUUGUAGUGUGGUUGUAAACGUUCCCAGCUCGGAUACUGUCACCGCCUUGCACCGCAGGCAGGCGCCGUGUUCCUACAUGCAAGUUACCGUCGCGGCUCCACAAUCGUUGGCCAGCAAUGACCGAGAGCCCCGCGACCAAGCCAGCCAACGGGGAUGUGUGUCAGCGUGUGAGGAACGGACUAAAGCUGGACAGAAACGGCUUGGUGAAGAGCCUCCACAGCUGCCAUGAGCGGCAGCCCAAGCACCACUGCCAUCCCGAGGAGGAGGAGGUCCACGCAGCAUCACAUCAUGGCGGCCUGUACAUCCGACCCUUUCUUGAGUCCUUUGAGGAGACGCCAAUGCUGGUGGCAGUGCUCACCUAUAUGGGCUACGGCAUCCUGACCAUCUUCGGCUACCUCCGAGACUUUCUGCGUCACUGGAAGAUCGAAAGGUGCCACAUUGCCAGGGAGAAGGAGGAACAGAGGGACUUUGUGCCGCUCUACCAGGAUUUUGAGAACUUUUACACCAGAAACCUCUACAUGCGUAUAAGAGACAACUGGAACAGGCCCAUAUGCAGCGUACCAGGGGCCAAAAUGGACCUGAUGGAACGAGCCUCCCAUGACUACAACUGGACUUUUAAUUACACAGGCCGGGUCGUGCCGGAUGUGAUUAACUUGGGCUCGUAUAAUUACCUCGGCUUCGCUGAGAACACAGGUCCAUGUGCUGAGUCUGCAGCCGAGGUCACCAUGACGUACGGCGUCGGAGUUGCAAGCACCAGGCAGGAGAUUGGUAACCUGGACAGACAUGAGGAGAUGGAGAAACUUGUGGCUAAGUUCCUGGGUGUGGAGUCAGCCAUGGCAUUUGGGAUGGGUUUUGCAACCAACUCCAUGAACAUACCAGCACUGGCUGGCAAGGGCUGCCUGAUUCUGAGUGAUGAACUAAACCACGCCUCUUUGGUCCUGGGAGCCAGACUCUCUGGGGCCACCAUCAGAGUCUUCAAACACAACAAUAUGCAGAGCCUUGAGAAACUGCUGAGAGAGGCCAUAGUCCACGGGCAGCCCAGGACUCACAGACCAUGGAAGAAGAUCCUCAUUGUGGUAGAGGGCAUUUACAGCAUGGAGGGCAGUGUAGUGCGCCUGCCAGAGGUGAUUGCCCUGAAGAAGCGCUACCGAGCCUACCUUUACCUAGAUGAGGCCCACAGCAUAGGGGCCCUGGGGCCGAGAGGGAGAGGUGUGGUCGAUUACUUUGGCCUAGACCCCUGUGAUGUGGAUGUCUUGAUGGGCACAUUUACCAAGAGCUUCGGUGCUGCAGGGGGAUACAUCGCAGGGAAAAGGGAGCUUAUUGAGUACCUGCGCUCCCAUUCCCACAGUGCGGUCUACGCCACCUCCAUGUCUCCUCCUGUGGUGGAGCAAAUCAUCACUUCUAUGAAGUGCAUUAUGGGAGAGGAUGGCACAACAAUAGGCUGUGAACGUGUGCGACAGCUGGCAGAGAACACAGUCUAUUUCCGCAAGAGGCUUCGAGAAAUGGGCUUCAUCAUCUACGGCAAUGAGGACUCACCUGUUGUACCCAUGAUGCUCUACAUGCCCGCCAAGAUAGGAGCGUUUGGUAGGGAGAUGCUGAAGAGGAACAUCGGGGUGGUGGUCGUUGGCUUCCCUGCUACACCGAUCAUCGAAUCCCGGGCACGCUUCUGCAUCUCAGCCGCCCACACGAAAGACGUGCUCGACAGGGCGCUGAGUGUCAUCGAUGAGGUGGGAGACCUUCUUCAGCUCAAGUACUCCCGACACAAAAUACAGCCAUCUUUGGUGCGACCCUUUGACGAUAAUGUGUAUGAGGACAUUGACGACUGAUGAACCAUUCCUCUCCAUAAAGUGGGGUGAACCACAACAACCCCCCCAAAAUACAGAACGGGUCAAGAUGGAUCACAAGUCUUCCACAAGGACCGCGAUGUGCACAGGUGCCCCUUGUCACUAGCUUGCCAUAAUGUAAC